AUGUUUCUUUCCACUACUACUGUCCAUGAUCUGCUUUUCGCGGGCGACUACACGCUCAACACCGCGACAGAAGUUAACAUACAACGGAGCAUGGAACUCUUCGCCUCCAGUUGCCCAAACUUCGGGCUGACCAACAACACGCACAAGAUGGUGAUCGUGCACCAACUGUCAUCCAACAGGGAACACCGCGCUCCUCGAAUCAAUGUCAACGGCAGCCAACUCAAAAACGUGGACAGUUUCGCCUGCGUAAGCAUCGCACUCACAUGCUGCAUCAAAACAGACAAAGAGGUGGCCCAGCCAACCAUACAAAGCCAGGUCUUAGGUCGGUUGCAGAACUCCGCGUGGACUUAUCACGGUCUCCAUCGUGUUACAAAUUUCAUGGUAAUAAAAAGUGCCAUGAUCGCCGGGAAAAGAGCUUUAUUAGCCUGACGUUUCGGAUUCCUACUCGAAUCCAUCAUCAGAGACCAAAGAAGCAGAAACGGGUGGUUGUUGCACAAGGGGCUGCAGUAUUUAUAGGAUGCAGUAGCCAUGCUACCGCAUACCUAUGAACAUUCACGGCUCCCCACCCCCCUUCAUCCCGGGAUCGUCGCACUUGGUGUGAUCACUGCUUGAUGGCCGACAUUCGAGUCGAUAAUUGCUGCAAUUUCAUCACGUGCGUUGGAUGUUGGCGUGAUGAUUGCUCGACCAUCUGACGCACCGACCCCGGUGUUAGGAAAAGUGUUCACCGCUGCGCUCCCCGCAUGGCUUGGCACUCCGCCUAGGCGAAGUUUUAGCACGGAGUAUGGAGUCGGAAGAUCGUUGGACUUGUUGAUGGACUGGGGGCCGGUGCGUCAGAUGGUCGAGCAAUCGUCACGCCAACAUCCAACGCACGUGAUGAAAUUGCAGCAAUUAUCGACUCGAAUGUCGGCCAUCAAACAGUGAUCACACCAAGUGCGACGAUCCCGGAUGAAGGGGGAGCCGUGAAUGCUCAUAGGUAUGCGGUAGCAUGGCUACUGCAUCCUAUAAAUACCGCAGCCCCUUGUGCAUCAACCACCGUUUUUGCUUCUUUGGUCUCUGGUGAUGGAAAAAGUGCCAUCUUGACAACGCUGCUGACUGGAGCGAAUUCUCGGGCAGCCUACAAGAAACAGCCGCGGAUACUCAAUGACUUCCAUCUCAGUUGUCUCCGUAAAAUCCUUAUUCUAUGGUGGAAGGACAAGUCCCCUGACAAGGAAUUUUUGGAUCGGACUAGAAUCCUCAGCAUCCCCGUCAUGAUGAGACAUCUACAACUGCAAAGGGGUGGCCAGCUCGUGAGGAUGGACAAUGAGAGCCUACCGAAGCAACUUUUCUACGGAAAUUUCUCUGUGGGUGUCCGCCGACAAGGAGGUCAAACUCGUCGUUGAAACGGCUACAAAUCAACCCAAAAGACUUGGGCGAACCAACCGGCCCAGAGGAGACUGGAGCGGCCUUCUGGGAAGCCAGUCGGAUGGCUGUUGCCAGGGUAACGUCAACAUUCAGCCACUCGCAACAUGCCCCCGCUCUUAACGAACAUUCCCGCGCGUGGAUCGGCCCCGUCCGACAUCUCCAGCACCAGCCAGCCAGACAACCCCAACCGCCACCUCUCCUACCACACCUACUCCAACCCCCACGGCAUCCGCUACAGCGGCCGACCUCAUCAACGAUGUCCAACGUCCGUGUGCCCCGCCGACGUCCAUCACCGACAUCCCCAUCCGCAAUCUCGGCGGUGGCGACGGCGACCACCGCAGUCCACCGACAACAGCACUCACCAUCGCCCACAUCGAGCGAUGUGGACUCGGCCCUAACCUGACCUUACAGUGCGUGGCCGGUCUCAUGAAAUGUUGGCCAAAAUUCUGGAAUGUGUUUUCGAUUAGAAAGGAUUAAUAAGGUGGUGUUGUAAUAUUAAUUAUGGUAUUUCGGACUCGCCAAGAUGUCGGCUUUUGAAUGCACUUCUUUCUGGCCUUCCGCAGAAAACCGUACUCGGUAAAAAAACGACUACUUAAAUAGCAUGCAUUUUUCACAUGGAUUUUGGAUGGUCGUAAAAAUUCUAACAUAUUUUAUAGAAAACAUGCGUAAAAUAUGCGUUAUUUUACUUGUUUGGUAGAAGGCCACAUUAUCUUUAUGUUUUGUACCCUGAGGAAGGUUAUUUUUCGGUUUUAAAAGAGUUUAUAAGUAUGAAGUUUUUAAGACCGUGCGAUGUCCAUACAGUAGAUGUGCUAACUCAUGAAAUGUCAACCAAAAUUUCGAAAUGCGUUCUCGUUUCUAAAAGAUAAAUUAGGCAGUGUUGUACAACUAAUCAUGAUGCAGCAUAAAUCUAUAAUGAUUCAGUUACCUCAGGGUGUCGCCUUUCGAAAGAACUUAUUUUCGGCUGCAUGCAAGAUCUAUACUCUGCAAAAAAUGACUACUUAAGUAGCAUGCAAUUUUCUCAUGGAUUUUCGAUGCCCUUGAAAAUUCAAUCAUAUUUCAUGGAAAACAUGCAUAAAAAUAUUCAUUAUUUUACUUAUUCGGUAGAAAAUCAGAUUCCCUCCUCAGCACAUGCAUGAACAACGCCAACAUCCGACACCUCUCGUGUGAGUGUAAAAUGUGCUCUUCGGCACCUUCCUCCACGAGGCUCCUUUGCUACAAGUGAGGCCCGAGCGAUCUACACCUCGCAUGUAAAAUCCUGCUGUGUGUGUGUGUGAGGUGAACAGGUCGCGUGUGUGGUACGCGCAGACGACUUGUCCUCAGCUUUGUCAGUCACCUCUCCCAACUUCAUCGCCAGUUAUUUGGCCGACUCGGACAGUCGACUAGUGCACCGGAUAGAAUAGAGUGAUUGGAGCCGAAUCUCAGAGCAUAAUUCCACACGGUGAUUGACAGACCGCCAGCAGACGGGAUAAGCUAAACCUCGCAGUCAGCCCAGUUGUGUCUUUUUAUAGACUGACCGACUCGUGAAAUGAGAGUCAGACUUUUAAUUUACUUUUUACUUUUCUCCCCUCCAGCAGGAUCCGAGCCGUCUCCUUUUCGGAUGGUAAAUCCUAGUCAGUGUACGUUGUAGGCCAGGGGGUGUGGUGGUGCCCCUAGGCGCGGGUUUUCGCCGUGCCAGCCGUCUGCGGCCUCUCUCGCUUCCGGUCUUCCUGACUGUCAUGAUACCGGGCUCAGAUGCGGGAGGAGGAUAGGUUGCGGUAGAUGCUGCGCAAGUCGACGCUCCAGUUCUUAAUCUUCUGUGGAGCACACGGUGGGCAUCCUCGGUCACGCAAUUGGAAAGUGUGCUUCUCGACUCUUUCUCCAUGCGGCUCCUCUGUUAGCGGUGUGAUCCGAGCCUAAGAAUAUCACGGCCCGUCAUGCGCCGUGGCUCUGAAGGCUGUCAGCUGACGCCUCAAAUCAGUCCACGCAGUCUGCCCAGUUGUACGUGUUUGUGUGGAAUGGCGGACUGAUGGACUAAGAGCCGGACUGUCAAGGCUCUUUCUCAAAGCGACCCCUGGUAUUCUCGCGCAAAUGUGGAGUGUGUGUGCUUUAUGCGUAGUGCCUCGCAGAUGCUAACCGCAACAGUGAGGGUCACACGAUUACCUGACAUAUAUAUAUAUAUAUAUAUAUAUAGAAGCGAGGAGGGACGACAGAGAAUGCGGGUAGAUUGAUACAGCACUGUUUCGGGCUUAUUCUGCCUUCAUUCAGCCAAUCAUAACCCUGACCACCAGCAGUUGGGACCAGAAACACAGACAUGCGCACAGACGCACCUGGCGCAGUCGGUCCACCACUGAGGCCUACCAGAUGGGUCAUAAGCACUUCAUCGAACCGAAGUUCAUCAGUGCCUCGCCACCUGUCAUUCUCUGUCGCUGCAGAUCGGGUAUUUAUCAAUCACGAAUGGGCGCACACCGAUCUAUUGGCUUCACGAAGCAAGCAAGCUCCGUAUGUGUGGCAAAGGUCACGAACAGGCAACCAAUUACCAGGCCGAAGUCGGCCAAGUCAUAAUAGCAGCGAGGAGGGACGACUUCGGCCUGGUAAUUGGUUGCCUGUUCGUGACCUUUGCCACACAUACGGAGCUUGUUUGCUUUGUGAAGCCAAUAGAUCGGUGUGCGCCCAUUCCUGAUAUAUAUAUAUAUCACCUGGAGGUUUAACUCCAAGUUCUGCACUGAUUAAUUUCCGAAAUUAUUCACCUGAUUAUUCUCUGGAGUUCAUAUACCAGAAACCGCUAGAGAACGCUGGGGGUCCCACUGAAGAGCCGAACCCCUCGCAGCUGUGUCACGCAGCGGCAGAAUAUCGGCGAAACACGUGUCUGGGCUUUUAGCAAGUAUCUAGGUCGGGAGUACGGUAUAAUACCUUUAAUAUAUAUAUAUAUAUAUAUAUAUAAGAAAACUACCGAAGGAAAUCGUUAGUAGCCUCCUGUAUGUAUGUUUUGUUAUAUCCAAAGCGCAAUGAAUUCUUCUGGAUUUCGCCUCUAUGAUGUUCCUAUUCGACUGGAAUUCAAGUCGGCACUUCUUACUUCUAUGGAAGCCUGGUCCAUCUUGGGCGAAGCAAGUCCGUGUGGCAUGUAUAGACGGGCUGUUUAGGUUUAUCAGGUACUGCGUCCGAUCCCGCCUCUGGUCUUCUUAACUCAUUUGGACACAGGACUCCGAUAGAUAACGAGGGAGAGAAUUCGACAGAUGCUACGCAAGACACGAUCAUGCAUUCAGCAUGCUGUAAUGCGCGCGGUGGACAAGUCCGUGUGGCAUGUAUAGACGGGCUGUUUAGGUUUAUCAGGUACUGCGUCCGAUCCCGCCACUGGUCUUUUUGAUUCAUUUUUGACACGGAGUCAGGUAGGUGAGGAAGGAGAGGGUUUGGCAGAUGCUGCUCAUGCAUGCGACGCCCGAACUGUACCUAUACUACUGGUUAUCGUAGACCACACCGGAGUCUGGGAGAAGUUGUUAAUCUAAAGAAUAAAAGCUGCCGAAAACGGCCCCCGCGAACUUGAACAUCGGUUUUUCAGGCCGCGUUAAUCUGGUAAGGCAAGAUGUGAAUAAGCUCUCCAUUUUCGAAAAAACAGGAGCCGAUUCGGCUACAAAAACCCUGAUUUACAAAUUGGAGCAGUUUAGGAGAGCAAGAUCCCAGUAACGCCGACAGCUAACACGUAAUACUUCGUGCAAAUGAUUUUUGGGUGUAAACAAAUAUUCUAGCAAUAAACGCAAAGUAUCUGACAGCAUGUCUGCCAAGUUAAGACAUCUGGUAUGACUUUUUUGUCAAACUUCCUUUCAGCAUGAACUCCGUUUAGAGACAAAUCGGGGUGCGUGCUAAAGGCUUAAGAAACACAUCCCCGUCAGGAAGAAGGAGACACGAUCGCUGGGACAAGAGCUUUAUUAGCCUGACGUUUCGGAUUCCUACUCGAAUCCAUCAUCAGAGACAAAGGCAGAUACGAGUGGUUCAUGCACAAAGGGCUGCGGUAUUUAUAGGAUGCAGUCGCCAUGCUACCGCAUACCUAUGAAUAUUCACGCCCACCCUCCCUUCAUCCGGGAUCGUCGCACUUGGUGUGCUAACUGUUUGAUGGCCGACAUUCGAGUCGAUAAUUGCUGCAAUUUCAUCAUGUGCGUUGGGUGUUGGUGCGAUGAUUGCUCGAUCAUCUGAUCGACCGACCCUGGUGUUGGGAAAAGUGUUAACUUGUGCGCUCCCCGCGUGGCCAAUUACUCCGCCUAGGCGAAGUCCCAGCACUGAGUAUGGAAGGGGAAGGUCAUUGCACUUGUUAAUUGAUUGGGAGCCAUUAAACCAUGAUUCAAGUAACUCCCGGCUCACGCGGUUGUCAUCUCUUGCGAGAAUUUCGACCUCGUCGAAUUUGAAUGUGUGGCCGGAUCUCAUCGAAUGAGCCGCAACUUGAGAGUUAGCGUCAUUUCCCCGCACCGCUGCCGCGUAUUUGGCCGUUCUCGUUCAGAGCUGUCUUCCGGUUUCUCCGACGUAGUUGCUUUGACAGCAACUGCACCAAAUCCGAUAAACGACUCUAUCCCCGUCAAUAGGUGUUUUUGGCAGAUUUGCAUGAUUCCCCUUCGAACUCAAUGGGUUUCGAACCCAUGACUGGAGCGUUGGCUGUACUCGGGCUUUGUGCUGCAACUUUAUGUUCGAAUUCCACUGAGGCAGCCGUGUUUUCACAACUGUAUCGGUUGAAAUAUCUCAAAAUUUAUAAGGUUGCUGUCGCUCAUUUUAAACUAAUAGAGGGGAUGAGUGAGAUAAACAUGGGCAACGAAAGGUAUCAGCGGCCUUCUUCGCUUCCAGCAAGGGCGUCCAAGCGGAAAAUCCUUCUAUUUUCCCGCCUACCUUUUCUUUGAAGAAGGCGAAGAAGGUGGUCAGUACUCCGCGAUAUGUCACGAGAAGGCAAAUUCCAGAAAAAUCUUCCUAGGGGAUUUACUACUGAUUGAUAAAAAGCGCACUUGUCACAGACCUUCAUGUCAGUAGUUCAUAUUCUUCGCGGUGAGGUUCCCUGUUGAGAUCAACCUACAAGUACGGCCAAAACAAUCGACUGUGGACAAGGUCCAGAAAUGCCUCGUUUUGAAAGUUUUGAUGCCUAUAAGGUGUAGAACCUCUCUUUUCUAGUCAUAGACUAGAAAAACCGAAGACAGCGCCUUGUCUACUGUCAAUGCAAGAAGGCCUUGAGACUUAACUGUCGCUACUGUUGUCAGAGGGAGUCCAGUACUUUCAUUAAAGAAAUCCUCCCGCAUGUUAGUCAAAUAAAAUCCGAUUCUUCACUUUUUCAUUGGCUUUUUGAUAAGUGACCUUGCAGGCACUUUUAACUACAUGACUUCUCAACCAAAUAGGCAAAUAAAGUCCUCUUCAGUCAAACAAUUCACUUAAGAACCCUGCCGGCCAUUUCAGAAAUCUCCCUCAAGGCUAAGCAGUUUCCCAGUAGUCAUACUGUAAAUGUACAGUCUGCGACCAAUUUCAUUCUGAAAUGAGUUCGCGAUUAGGAAAAACUGUUUAACUGGACUUGUAAGAUGACUAUCGUGCAGCAUAUUUCCAAGAUAUUCCAGUCGCACCACGAUGAAGUGCGCCUCUAUCUGGUCGCCUGCAAAAACGUCACCCGGUAAAAAUUACUGUACAAGUAGCAGGGAAGUAGCAUGUCUCUAAAGUUUAGAUAUACCGCAUAGAUAAAGCGCCCAAAAAUAUAACUUAGUGUACUCAUCUGACAAGAAAUCACGUCCUCAAAAUUUAGUAUUCGGAGAGGGAAUGUCUUUCGACUUCCAGAGUUAAUGUUUUGUGGCUUUUAAGAUUGUGACAUGUCCAUUUAUAUAUCAUCACAUCUGUCCGUUUGUAAAUGCUCCAAAUCCAUCGAAAACGUUUACGAGUCCUGUAUCGUAUCAUCUUAACGCCUUAGGGAAAUAUGUAAGUUCCCUUGCAUGAAAGUAUGCAAUUUUUUAGGCCGAAAGCCCUAAAAUAAAAUGCAGAGACAGACUGAGCUCAAAACCUUUGGGAACUCGGAAAAUUAAAAGCCUAAAGGUAUCUUUUCUUCGGGUAUAACAUUUUACAAAGACGAGUUUUUCUAUCAAAAAUGUAAAAGAGAGAAUAUUUUUUGGGGGUAUGUUUUCUGUAAAAUAUAUUUAAACAUCUAAGGAUAUAGAGAAUCAAUUAAGGGUCCUGCUGCAUAAAUAAUUUUUUUGCCGUGUGCGGUUUUUCAGGUGGCCGAAAAAAGCGCAUUUGCAUGUUGGCGUCCUAGCGGGACUGGAAUGCCUCCACAAUAUGCUUCAUGACAACAGGUAUAAAAAUUCAUUGUGGCGAUGGUGCGUGCAUUGUACACUCAUGCUAAUCAUGUUUAUUUAUUUGAUACCAGUCUUUGGUGUCUUCCGAAAUUUAUGAUUUUUUUCAAAGGUUUUUAUUUCGAAUGUUAAUUUCAGUGUUUUUCAAGCAAAGGUUUCAUUAUUAAAUAGGUAUGGUAUGCUUACAGUCGGUGGACCAACUCAUGAAAUGUCAACAGAAAUUCUGAAAUGUGUUUUCGACUUGAAAAGAUUAAUUAAGUAGGGUUGUAAAACUAAUCUUUGUGCAGCAUAAUUCUAUAAUAAUUUACUUACCUCAGGAUGCCGGCUCUCGAACGAACUUCUUUCCGCCCACAUGCAAAAACUACACUCUGCAGAAAUUACUAUUAAAUAGCAUGUAUUUUUCAUUGAUUUUUGAUGCCUUUAAAAAUUAAUUUAUAUUUCACGAAAAACAAGCAUAGAAAAAUUCAUUCUUCUGCUCAUUCGGUAGAAAAUGACGCCUUCUUCCAAUCCUAUAUUCGAAGUAAGGGCAUAAUUCGGUUUUCAAUAACUUUUCCAAUUCCCGAAUAAUUUUGAACCCGCUCUACCGUUACACUUGCAUUCAGGAUUACCAAACUACAAACCGUUUAAUUUCCGCGUCCGGAGAACUACAAACUUCUCUAUGGUAGUAAAGGGGGACCAUAUAGUGUUCCCAAAAUUUAGCAGUAGAUGUGAUCCAUAUUGCCAAGUUUACAAGUUACAUUGGUAAAUGCAGAGACAUGACGAUGUAUGAACGGCCUUUUUACAGUAUUUAAAAGUUCCACAAUUAAAAACUUUUUUAAAACCGAAUUAUGUCCCUUCUUCGAGUAUAAAAUCGGAAGAAGACUUAAUUAUCUAUCAAAUGAACAAAAAAUGAAUAUUUUUAUGCAUGUCUUCCAUGAAAUUUAAUUGGACUUUUGGGGGCAUCGAAAAUCAAUGAGAAAAACUCGUGCUACGUAAGUAUACUCUUUUACAGAGUAUAGUUUCUGCAUGCAGCCGGAAGGAAGUUCAUUCGAAAGCUGGCAUCCUGAGGUAACUUAAUUAUUAUACACAAUAGAUGUGCUAACUCAUGAAAUGUCAACCAAAAUUUCGAACUGCGUUCUCGUUUCGAAAAGAUAAAUUAAGUAGUGUUGUAAAACUAAUCAUGAUGCAGCAUAAAUCUAUAAUGAUCCAGUUACCUCAGGGUGUCGGCUUUCGAAUGAACUUACUUUCGACUGCAUGCAAGGUCUAUACUCUGCAAAAAAUGACUACUUAAGUAGCAUGCAAUUUUCUCACUGAUUUUCGACGACCCUUGACAAUUCAAUUAUAUUUCAUGGAAAACAUGCAUAAAAUAUUCAUUCUUUUACCUCUUCGGUAGAAAAUCACGUCUUCUCGCAAUUUCAUACUCAAAAGAAGAGUAUAAUGCGGUUUUAAAAAACUUUUCUAAUUCCCGAAUAAUUUUGAACCCGACCUGUUGUUACACUUGCAUUCAGGGUUUCAAAACUACAAGCUGUAUAUUUUCCGUGUACGGAAAACCAUGCAUUUCUCUACGGUGUUAAGAGGAGACCAUAUGAGUUUCAUAAAAUUAAGCAGUGGAUUUGAGCAAUAUUGUUAACUUUACAAGCCACAUUCGUGAAUGCAGAUAAAUGACGUUUCAUGAACGGCCAUUUAACGGUAUUAAAAAUCUCACAAUUGGAAACUUUUUCGGAAACCGAAUUAUACUCUUCUUUUGAGUAUGAAAUUGAAAGAAGGCGUGAUGUUCUACCGAAUAAGUAAAAGAAUGAAUAUUUUUAUGCAUGUUUUCCAUGAAAUGUAAUUGAAUAUUCAAGGGUAUCGAAAAUCAGUGAGAAAAUUGCAUGCUAAAUAUGUAAUCAUUUUUUGCAGAGUAUAGAUCUUGCAUGCAGUCGAAAAUAAGUUCUUUCUAAAACCGACACGCAGAGGUAACUGGAUCAUUAUAGAUUUAUGCUGCAUCAUGAUUAUUUUUACAACACUACUUAAUUUAUCUUAUUUCCUGAAUUAGCCCACCUACUGUAAAUUCAUGGCAAGGAGGACUGCCAAAUUAUGGGAUUCAGACAGUAAUUGCCCCUUCGCGUUGUGGCUUCUAUGACACUCCAACGCAGAUGUGAUCCGAGCCGCCACCUUGGUUUCGUGAACGCCUGGUAUACUACACAGAGGGCCAGCUCAUGCGUGGCACGCGUAGACGGAUCGUUUAACUUUGCCACCCACUGCACCUGAUCCCACCUACCAUCGGCCUGACUUGGUCCUGCUACAGGAUCCGCUUGGAUGAGGGAGGAGGAAGUUCGGCAGAUGCUGCACCAGUCUGCCGCCACAAAAUUCUGAUCUCCGCUUAAUUCACGGCCCUUCGCCCGCCAUUCUGAGAGGCACACGGUGGACAUCAUCGUUCGCGAUAGUCCAACCGACAGUCUCUGACUGAGACAUGGAGAAAAAAAACACUUCGGCAGAGCUGAAGAAGCUGCUGUCAAGUCUCAAUCACAGACAGGGCGCAUUUCACUGUCGCAUCAUCAGCUUGACGAGGCCGGGGGAGGAUGUCCCAGAUAAUGUCAGGUGUCUGUCCAAGCUGAUGACAUCUCGUCCCGUGGCCUCAAGUGGCCUUGGGACAUCGUCUGCCUUUCCGGCAAAAAAAGGAAACUUUGCUGGGCCGGCAGUAGAUUCUGCAGCCUCUCAUCCACUCGACGAAUCAGCAGAACUACCAGAAGUCGUCGAAAGUGAUUGCCAACCAGCCACGACCAUCCAAAGUGACCGUCAGAGUAGUUAACCUUCCCCCCGGCUCCUGAGACCGCCGACCUUUGCGCUAUUCCGUCUGGGAUUGUGUGUUUGGCUAGGAAUUGCCAGCUCCAGCCUUAGAAUCUCGAGACCGUGAAGGUCUCCGCUUCUUAGGCCGAUGAACAACACAUUGGCUGCGCUCGAGGCCGAAGGUGGACGCGUCUACUGAAGACCGAUGAACUCUAUUCGAUCAGGGCUGCUCAUGUGAGAUUUGCCGAAGGGUACGCCAGUUCUGGGACUGCCAGACGAGUGCCCCACCACCUUCUGAAGACCACGGGAGGCCUUAAGAAGGUCUAUUUUCCACUUACCAGGCUCACCGUACACUUGCAAACAGUGGGCAGCGGUAUAGAGAAAGACCCCACCUAACUGUCGGUAGACUGUGGAUCGUGCCAUAUGUGGUUUUAGCUUGACAUACAUUUACAGGCUCUUUCGGAAAUUUCACUGCCAACAGCGAUUACUUCCCACGACCUCACACCUUAAAUAAAAAUCCGUUAUUUUGUAGAACUCACUUUUUGUUUAUUUUUUACUUAUUACUCUCAUUUCCGUUGUCGCAGGAUAAGACUUUCGGCAUAAAUCCAGGCAACUUCAGUAUUUUAUUUCAUUUUGUCAGCUUACUGUCUAGCGUGCUGCCUCACCCAUAAAACUCCCUUUACCACAAAACACGUAGAGCACGACCCACAGUCUACUGACUGUUAAGUGGUGUCCUUCUUUAUACCGUUGCCGUGGAGGAGGAGGAGGAGGAGGAGGAGGAGGAGGAGUAG